AUGCUAAUGGCGAAAUCGCGGCUAGCUCGCGCCGUUAUCGCCUGCGCGGCGCGUCGUUUUCACGUCGCUGCCUCCUCGUCGUGUCGCCACCUCGCAUCCGCUUCCCCGACGCGCCAGAGCCCAUCCUCCGCCUCGCCACAUCGCCGCCUCGCCGCCUCGCCGCCUCGCCGCCUCGCCACCUCGCCGCCUCGCCACAUCGCCGCCUCGUCGCCUCGCCGCUUCACCACAUCGCCGCUUCGCCGCCUCGCCGCCUCGCCUCAUUGCAGCCUCGCCGCCUCGCCACCUCGCCGCUUCGUCACAUCGCCGCCUCGCCGCUUCGCCGCCUCGCUGCCUCGCCGCCUCGCCACCUCGUCGCCUCGCCACAUCGCCGCCUCGCCGCCUUGCCGCCUCGCCGCCUCGCCGCCUCGCCGCCUCGCCGCCUCGCUGCCUCCCCUCUGCCUAUCUCCUCCUAUCCCUCUCCCCACUCUGAGAAUCUCCUUGUUACGCUCACCUUCCUCCUCACCUAACUACUCCGAACCCUCCCCCCCUCUCCUGCAUCCUAUGACCCCCUCACGCCCUCUCCCUCUCUCUCCCCUCUUUCUACCUCCGGCGAUCCCUCGGAGCCCUCUCUCCCUCAUGUCCCGCCUUCCUUCCCCUGAUUUUUCCCCUCCAACCUCAUUAUCCUCAUCCCUCCUUCCCCUCAUUUCUCACUCCCCCCCAGGUCUCCACUAUAUGCUCUCCAUCUCUCGCCUUUCGUUGCCUUAUUUCCACCUGCUGCUUUCCCUCCUUCCCUUCCAUGCUUCUCCUCGUUUUCCGCCCUUUCUUCCCCGUGUUCCCGGCCCUAGUUCCCCUGUUUCCCUCCUGCUUCCCCUCAUUUCCCCCCCUGCUUCCCCUCAUUUCCCCCCCUGCUUCCCCUCAUUUCUCCCCUUGCUUCCCCUCAUUUUCCCCCCUGCUUCCCCUCAUUUCACCCGCUGGUUCCCCUCAUCUCCCCCCCUGCUUCCCCUCAUUUUCCCCCCCUGCUUCCCCUCAUUUCCCCCCCUGCUUCCCCUCAUUUCUCCCCUUGCUUCCCCUCAUUUUCCCCCCUGCUUCCCCUCAUUUCCCCCGCUGGUUCCCCUCAUUUCCCCCCCUGCUUCCCCUCAUUUCCCCCCCUGCUUCCCCUCAUUUCCCCCCCUGCUUCCCCUCAUUUCCCCCCCUGCUGCCCCUCAUUUCCCCCCCUGGUUCCCCUCAUUUUCCCCCCUGCUUCCCCUCGUUUUCCCCGAUGCUUCCCCUCAUUUCCCCCCCAGCUUCCCCUCAUUUUCCCCCCUGCUUCCCCUUAUUUCCCCCCCUGCUUCCCCUCAUUUCCCCCCCUGCUUCCCCUCAUUUCCCCCCCUUCUUCCCCUCAUUUCCCCCCCUGCUUCCCCUCAUUUUCCCCCCUGCUUCCCCUCAUUUCCCCCCCUGCUGCCCCUCAUUUCCCCCCCUGGUUCCCCUCAUUUUCCCCCCUGCUUCCCCUCGUUUUCCCCGAUGCUUCCCCUCAUUUCCCCCCCAGCUUCCCCUCAUUUUCCCCCCUGCUUCCCCUUAUUUCCCCCCCUGCUUCCCCUCAUUUCCCCCCCUGCUUCCCCUCAUUUCCCCCCCUUCUUCCCCUCAUUUCCCCCCCUGCUUCCCCUCAUUUCCCCCUCUCUUGCCUCCGCUGCUUGCCUUCACAUGUCCGUGUUGCUUGUCUCCCCCUGUCCUCCGCUCUCCCCCUGUUCUCCUCUCUACCCCCCGCCCUCCCUUCCCCCCCCUGUCUUCCCCUCUCCCCCCUGCCCUCCCUUCUCCCCUCUGUCCCCCUCUCGCCCCACCUAUCCAUAUUCCACCCCGUCCUGUCCUCCUCUCUCUAACGGGUCCUCUCUCCCUCCUAACCCACUUCUCCCCCCCCUGUCCUCCUCUCUACCCCCUGCCCUCCUUUCUCCAACCACACCUCUCUCCCUCCUGGCCCUCCUCUCCUUCCACCGUCCUCCUCUCCCCCCCUGUCCUCCUCUAUCCCCCUGUCCUCCUCUAUCCCCCUGUCCUCCUCUAUCCCCCUGUCCUCCUCUAUCCCCCUGUCCUCCUCUAUCCCCCUGUCCUCCUCUAUCCCCCUUUCCUCCUCUAUCCCCCUGUCCUCCUCUCUCCCCCUGUCCUCCUCAAGGGGGAAAAAGUAGAGUGGCAGGAGGGUAUGUGGGAAGGAAGGCGGGUGUUAGGUGUGUGGGUGAGGCGUCGCGCAUCCUCUCCCCUUGUUGCGUAUGCUCCCCCCUCCUUGCGCCUCCCCUCCAUCCAUAG